AUAAAAUGACUAAAGUACCAAAACCAGCUGUACACUUGGACGUUGAUUAUCAGCCAUCUACCUUGCACAAUGCUAAUUUAGAUGCGCAUGAAGAAGAUCAUUACUUUACCAUUUUCAAAAGAACAAAUCCCGAAUAUCUGCGGGCUAAGGAGCUACUGAAGGAAGAAAUGGUUCAACUGAUCUGUGAUGCUCAAAGAGGAACCGACAAUUUAUUCAAAACUGUUUCCAAAAUAGAGCAGAAGCAGGAUGAAAAGUUAAGAAUCAUAGAGCUUCGUCAGGCCAAGCAAGAAUCCCGGCAGUAUCACGGAAAGAAGAUGAUGUUUCUGUUACGAAGGAAAUAAAUUCAAAGUCAUUUGGUAUACAGUUCAGUUUAUCCUCCAGAAUGUCUACAAUAACCGGUUCAAAUAUGAAAUGUUCAGGUACAUACUAAUGAAGGAUAAAUCUGAGAUUAAUCUCUUUGAUGUCAGAUGGCUCCAGAAAGAGCUUUCCAAUAACCACUUCUUCAAGAAGCUCAUUGAACAAGAAAGCCCAGAGGUAUACCAGCGUUGCUUGGGAUUGCUACUCUAAGCGGGGAUGGAGUAGGUUAUAAGCAAGCCCAACCAGGAGACACAAUCAUUAAAUAUAUGGACAUUGGAAAAACCUUCUACGUUAUUUUCAAAGGAAUGGUUGACGUCUUUUGCCCUGCAGAAUGAACAGCAUACCUUGGAGUCUUGGAAUACAACAAAUUACUUGAAGAUUACAGAGACAUGGUUCUCAGUAUUGAUGGCUCAGAUGAGAUCCCAGAACCAAAUCAGCAAUACAAAGAAAUGGAAGCAUACCAAAAGUUAAGCAUAAAAGAUAUCGUCCAUAUUCUAGAAGGAACAGCUCCAUUGAAACUUCGGAAGGAAAAAGAUGAAAGAAGACCUUCUAUAUUUGAAAGACGUAAUUCUCAACAAGAAGAUGAAGAGAAUUCAAAAAUGUUUUUGAAAUUAGAACAAGGGGCUUACAAAUAGUGUCAAGGAAUACAAAAUCAGAUACCUAAAGAAAGUAGCUCGGCUUGGAGAAGGUGCAUCUUUUGGGGAACUUGCAUUACUCACUACAAAACCCAGAUCGUCCACCAUAAAAGCUGUAACCAAAACGGAUAUGGUAACUAUAAAUAAAGACCAAUUCAAAAGAGUUUUUUCUAAAGUGAAUAAAUAAAAUACUCAAGCACAACAUUGAACAUACACUCACAAAACAAGAAGUCUUGUUUAAAGAAGGUUCUAGAUUUGAAAAAGCAUUUCUCCUCACUGCUGGUGAAUUCGAGAUUUCGAAAUAAGAUUGAUGUCAACUCAAUCUCAACUUCUAUUCUAGACAUACCUGAAAAUCCAGAUUUUCGGAAUAAUUCAAAAAUAGUAAACUGCAAAAUCUCAAAAAUAAAAGCAAAUGAAAUAGUAGGCCUCGAAGAGAUCCUACUUGAUAGAACUAAAUAUAUUACAACUCUAACAUGCGUCAGUAAGAAAGGAAAAGUCAUUGAAGUAACUGCCAAUGAGCUCUUCUCCAAAAACAAGAAUCCAUCAACCCUUCAAACUCUAGAAGAAAUUGGUAAAUAACAAGACAAAGUUCCUAUACGACAGAAUAAGCUGGUAUCGAGAGUAUGAAACAGGGCUGAAGCCAUACCACGAACCCAGACAGACUCUCCCUCUUAAAAAUCCUAAAGACAUUCAAAAGAUUAAAACCAACUUAGAACAGAUGAACAAGCAAGCUUUUAACGAUAUCAUCAAAAGCAAAAAUCAAAUAUAAAAAUCAGUCAAAAGACCAAAAAUAGUGCAAAGAUUAGCAUAAUUCCUAAUUAAAAUCAUGAAUCCAAUCCAGCUUAAUUAUGAUGUUACAAAUACUAAUUUUCAUCUUGAAAAGCUUUUGCCUGUAGUUCAGCCCAAAAUGAACAUUGAUUCCCUCAGAUUCUUCUUAAAUAAACGAGAAGAUAGUAAGAUUGCACUCAAAAAAGCUAAGCACAAGGAAGCGAUGGAGAACCACAACGCCUUUAUGAAAAGACUUAGAAGUGGCCUUACUUCACGACACUUAACCACAAGCAUCGGUAAUACAGAAGAGUUCAUCCCUUUUGAUGAGCCAGAAAUUGACUCUACUGCUGCUAUAAUGCAAGAAUUGCAAAAGAGAUUCAAUACAAUAAGUCAGCAUAAAUAACAAGUGACAACAGAUUAGACAGAAAAUAUCAAAGCAUAAAUCAUUGAAGAAUUUAAAGCAUAGAGUAAUCAGAAACCCUAAAGCAGCAGCUUGCAGAAACAAAGAAUUAGGAUAUAUCUCAACUAGCAGACAGAUACAAUCUCACCGAGAUCUAUGACUAACCGCCAGGAGCAAGCUCGGAGGCGGAUUCAACACAAGAGUUAGUCCUAGAACCAAACUUCCAAAUUAUGCCAUCGAUGCUACAUUACAAAAGAAAAUCAAAGAGCUAGACAAUUUUUCACUUGGAAUAAGCUCUGAAGUCGAGACAAAACUUGAAAAAGGUAGAAAUGCUGAUCUAGACAUUGGCCCUUUGUCAGAUGAUAAGAUAUCUGAACAAGACAUAUCUAAUUUCUUUGUUUGCAAAAAGGAUUCGCUCGAAAUAUCCGACAAAACCAUUUGAUUCAGAGGUCAGAAUAUAUUUAAUAGCAGACGAAUUUCUUCAAAUAAGAAUACUAAAGUAAGCUCUGCCCAGAUCUCCUUCAUGUAAAUGAAUCUACUGCUAAAUGAAAAUAUCUUCCCUGCUAUAAUUUAAUU